UGCAAAUAUCAGUCUCUUUAUGAUGACGUAACAGCUGCGCGCCUCAUGCGGUUCCAGUGGUGGAAAACAAUCUUCCAACCGAGACUGGCAAGCACUUUAAAGCAACAAUGUCCCAGCCACCUGGCUCCUCCGCAUCGGACAAUCCCACACUGGUGGUGACCAGCAAUGUGCACCAGUACUCCAUGAAGAAAAAGAAAGUGUUAAACGCAGAGGAUAGUGAGCUGUUUGAGCUGACUCAGGCUGCAGGAAUCAGCGUCGACCAGGAGGUGUUCAAGAUCAUAGUGGACUUGCUGAAGAUGAACGUGGCCCCUCAAGCCGUCUUUGAGACUUUGAAGGCGAUGUCAGCAGGCCAGAGGGUCCCCGAGAGCAGCAGCGGAGACUCUGCAACAGUCCCCCACGGCACCGGGAUCCCGUCUGCCACCACAGAGGCCAGAGACGAGUGUUCCGUGUCUGGGAAGAGCGCUAAACUUCCUGCAGCUCCCGCCUCGGCGUCUGGCCCCAGGGCCGCCAGGGUCAGCACUAAGAUUGUGGUCUAUGGCCCCCAAGACGUUAACGCUCCUCACUCUCAAGUGCGAAGCAAAGCAUCUGCAGCAUCCUCGUCGUCAACCAGCCACAGCGAGAAGAGCCGCGAGGCCUCCGGCCAACGAGUGCAGCGCCAGCCCAGCGCCAGUAGAGGGCAGAAGACCAAAAGCUCCGGCAGCAGUAGCUCCUCCUCGCAGAUGAACUCAACGUAAGACCACAACAUUUGUUUGCAAACUCCCCAACUAUGACUCAGCUAGGCUAAUUAAAGCUCUACCACCUGUGUGGACUGGAAAAAGAACUUCCCACUUUGGCAGCUGUUACUUUAAGCUAAUGUGCCCUUAAAUUAUUUAGUUUGUUUUUUUUGUAAAUAGAAGUAAAUUCCUCUGUGUACAUUGUACAACCUUCUUAAUACAAUAAAUACACAUUUUCUCUA